CGGGACUUGGGUGAGGGAGGCCGUAGCUACAGGGAGCUGGAAGACAAACACAGGAGCCACCUGGACAUUUUGAGACAAACUUCCCUACUUCUGGCUCACAAACUGAAGAUCCAUCAGCUCCAGCAGAAAGAGCAGCUUAUGGUGCUGAGGGAGAAAGCAAAGCAAGAGCUUCAGGAAAGCCAGAGGUUUUUGAGUGCCUUGCUGCAGCACAGCUCUGAGGAGUGCAGGAGCUCCAGAGGCAGUGAUCCUCCUGUGUCAGGACUGUACCACACACAGCAAACACGGAGAGGACACCAGCUGGAAGGUGACCACGCUGCCGGCAGUAAUCAAGAGAUGUGUUCACUGAAACAACCUGCACUGAAGAGAGAAAGAGUUCACACUUCAGUGCCUCCCAAAAUAGUGGGAGAAAGAAAACCUCUGGGAGGAAGAGGUUCAUGUUGCUCAGUGCUGCAAGAAGGAUCCCUGCCAGCAGAUCGGGGGGAGCCGCUGCACAGCCAUCAAGCCGUGAACGUGUUGUCACCUCUGGUGGAUCUGCCCCAUGGGGAGUCCUGUGCAGGGGACAACUCUGGAGAGAGCAGUGACAGCCAGUGGAGCGCGGCCAUUCCGCUCCACGGAGGCUCCAGCACGUUCUGCCGCCUCAGCCUGGCCCUGGCGCAGCAGUGCCUGAGGGGAGAGGAGCUGCGGGCUCGACACCAGGCCACCCUCCUCCAGCUCCGCAAAAAGGCUCUGAGGGAGAAAGCCAGGGCCGAGCUGGCCUGGCUGGGCCACCAGAGACGUGUUCUGGAAAACCUGCAGGAUAGUCAUGGAGCCUCUGCCAUGGCAGCAAAGCAGUGCAAAAUCCUCAUGGAGCUGAAACAGGAGCAGGCAGAAAUCCAGCACCUGCAAAACAUCUACAGGGCAGCCCAUCAAGAAAGAAAGCUUUUGUUAAAGCAGCAAAGAGAAAUCUUAAUGAUGCAGCAUUCAACAGCACAACUCCAGGAAAAGCUGCACAGUUUGUCUGGGAAGCAAGAGGUUGUGAAGUCACAGUCGCUGGAUGUCCUGGUUGUGAGGAACCAAGCAACUGAAGAAGCAAUAAAGCUGAAGAAAAUGAAGCUUAUUUCUGGCCCAAAGUCCUACUCCUCUUCAGCAGAGUCUGCAGCCCCUCCAGAAAGGCCUGAGCUGUCAGGGAGUAAAGAGAGUUGUCUCCAGCUAAAGCACAAACAGAAGAAACAUGAGGGCUUUCCUGCUGAGAACAAGGGAACACUGGGACAGCAUCAGAAACAGGCAGAGGAGUCCCCAGGUUUGGAGCAGUCCCUUGGUGUGAAAAUGUCCAGAAUGGUGGCCAAGAGAGUGUAUGAUGAUGCUGCUGGUGAAACCACAGGCUCAGUCUUCCUGGCUGAAGACUGCAGAAACACAGAACUUAUUGCUCGGGGUAAUGUUUUAUUACCUCUGGAACAUAUAAAUUCAGCUAAAAUGGAUGAACCUGUAUCUACACCAAUUACCAGAGAAGGCAGACAGCGUGCAUUUCAGGAAUCUGUGCUGCAGGAAGAGGCAUUCCUUUCAAACCCAGAGGUGGAUCCUAAAGGCAGUGAAGAUUUUAGUCCACGUGGCAGCAAGUUCACAGUGAAAAGCUUGGGGAUGCUUUCUACCUGGUGUAACUUCUGCAUGGUUCAGGCAGAGAACACUCCUGAGGGAACAGUUAAAGAAGUGGAAGUGCCUGUUCCUUAUCAGGUGGAUGACAGUCAGUGUUUGAAGCAUUUGGACCCUGUUUCUCAUGAAGCUCCUGACGAAGAACUAAAUUUAAAAGCAUUUUCUGAAGGAUUUUCUUCCACUGAAUCAUCAUCCAAGUCAAACAACUUCUUUUUGAAAAGUGCCAAAUCAGCCUCUUCACCUCCAGAAUUUCAGAAGGUGUCUGCAGUUUGGAUUGACAUCUCGGCAAGCUCCAUUUCAGGUUCAGAAUUGGAGCUGAAACACGGAGAGGACACAGAUGGCAGUGUCCCAGGAGAGUUUGUCCAUGACAGUGGUGAGGUGUCUCCUGAUCUUUCAAAAGAGGUGCCAACAGCAAUAAGUAAUGGAAAGGAAAUAUCACCCAAUGAUGAUCAUGAACUGCCUGAAGAUGACAGCUCUGAGAUUUCAUCACGCUCCCAGCAAUCCCCUGGAGAUGGGUUGGAUCAUGGCUGCACUGACCACCUGCUUUCUCUCAUUCCAGCAGACAAAGCAAGUGCCUCCAAAACCAAACCAGCACGUUCCUCCCAAUCUGCUAACCCUGAGGAGGGAACGGGUGAGCCACACCUGGGUGCCUCAGGAAGCUCCAGUAGAAACCAAUCCUGUUCUCAGGAGAUCCCAGAACAGGGUAACGAUGCCUCUGCCAGCUCCUCAUGCAGUGAUGAUAUUUACUCACCUAAGAUCUACGAACAGCAGAAACCUAAUUCUACAGCGAACAGAGUGUUAGGGGAAAUUAGCAGUUCAUUUGUGGAUCAGAAUAGAGACCUGAAGGGUUUUCCACCUUUGGUUUCUUUGAAACAUCGAGAUUCAGUUACUGACCAACUGGGGAACAUUGUUUCUUUUCUGCCUGAGAGAGAUAUUGCAAAUAACAAACUGUUAGCAUGUCUGUCUCCCCAGAGGGGGCUCUUUUCUUCUGCCUCCUCAAAAAAGCAAUUAUUUCAGGCUGAGCACUGCUCUUCCAAAGGGGAAGAUGAUGCAACCUCUAUUAGUGAUAAGGGUCUCCCUCCAGCUGCUGAGGAUGCCUUGUCGGAAAUCCUGUCUCCUGGGGAUGAAGUGCAGGUGCAGUGA